CCGCGUGGGACCAACCCAGAGUGGGGCCCCACCGCACCAUACCUCGGUCUCUUCUCCUCCGCCUCCUCCUUCCUCCCAACGCUGUGCGGUAAUUGGACCGGUGCGGUAACCCUAGCGCGAGCCGUCCCACCACCUCACCCCACCCCUUCCAAAAAAGCCGUCUCCUUUGACGCACUUUGGUAUUCCUCUUCGCCAUCCUCAUCAACUUCCUCGUCGUCUCCUCGCGCGUCUACGCGCAUUUCUUAAAGCUUAAGGUGGGGUCUCGGAUCGCGCCUUGACAACGAAGGAGAGGAGUGGAGAGGAGAGGAGAGGAGAGGAGAGGGGGAAGGGGAACGAAGAAGAGGGGAGGAAGAAGCUCAGUUAUCGAUGAAGGGACGGAGUAGUAGUAGUAGUAGCGAGAAGAAGAUCUCGGCGAGAUGGAUACUCAUCCUCUGCGUCUUCAGCUUCGGCCUCGGAAUGUUGUUCACAGAUAGGUUCUGGAAUGUGCCUGAUUCCAAUAAUCAGAUUGUUACCAGGCGGCGGCAAGAACAGGAGCUGCAGAUCAUCUCCGAGGAUUGCGCCACCAAAAGGAAGCUUGGUAAAGAUGAAGAUAUAAUGGGGGAGGUGACGAGGACCCACGAGGCCAUACAAUCUUUGGAUAAGACCAUCUCGACCCUACAGAUGGAGCUGGCCGCCAAGCGGAGCUCGCAGGAGCUGCUUGGCGGCGGCGGCGGUUCGCCGUCGACUUCAGCCCCUGAUAAGCAGAGGAAGAAGGCUUUUGUUGUGAUUGGGAUCAAUACCGCGUUCAGUAGCAGGAAGAGGCGCGAUUCCGUUAGAGAGACCUGGAUACCACAAGGUGAAAAACUCCAGCAAUUGGAACAGCAGAAGGGAAUCGUCGUUCGGUUUAUGAUUGGCCACAGUGCUACAUCAAAUAGUAUCCUAGACAAGGCUAUAGACUCUGAAGAUGCUCAGCAUCGUGACUUUCUUAGGCUGGACCAUGUUGAAGGGUACCAUGAAUUAUCAGCAAAGACGAAAAUAUUUUUCUCCACAGCUGUUGCCAUAUGGGAUGCUGAAUUUUAUGUCAAGGUCGAUGAUGAUGUCCACGUGAACCUAGGCAUGCUAGCUACAACUCUCGCUCGACAUAGAUCGAAACCAAGAACCUACAUAGGUUGUAUGAAGUCUGGGCCAGUUCUUUCUGAUAAGAAUGUUAAGUACCAUGAGCCUGAAUAUUGGAAAUUUGGAGAGGAAGGAAACAAGUACUUCCGCCAUGCUACGGGGCAGAUAUAUGCUGUCUCAAAGGAUUUGGCCACCUACAUCUCGAUCAACCAGCCUAUACUACAUAAAUAUGCGAAUGAAGAUGUAUCCUUAGGUUCAUGGUUUAUUGGGCUGGAAGUCGAACAUAUUGAUGAGAGGAACAUGUGCUGUGGAACUCCCCCAGAUUGUGAGUGGAAAUCACAGGCAGGAAAUGUUUGCAUCGCCUCGUUCGACUGGAGCUGCAGUGGGAUCUGCAACUCAGUAGAUAGAAUAAAGGAUGUACAUUCCCGGUGUGGCGAGGGAGAUGGCGCUGUUUGGAGUGCUUUAUUCUAACUACACUUCAUUUUCCAGUUAAUGACAAAGUUAAAGUGCUUUCUUGGUGACUAAUUGAUUCGAGUGCGCAACUGUGAAAGCAUCUGAAAAAGAAAGCACAGAUAGGGAGGAGUACUCUUUGAAGUUUAAGGCGAAUGCGAUGAGAACGAUACAACAAAACGAGGCCAACACUAGGAAGAUGGUCUAAUGUUCAGAGUAUAAGUAGGUCUGAGAUAGUUGUUAAGACAUGAAAAAACAUUACAGAAUUCUUUUUUUAAAAAAAGAAGAAAAUUCUUAUGAAUUUUUUACCCUCUUUUUUAUAUGGGAUUUUCGGAGGGAAGAAAAAGGAGGUGGACUGUGAAGUGGCAGGUUGUUGGUGAGAUUUACUGCUGAUGUGCAUUUGGGGGAAGCUUCAUCCUAUGAAGUACAGCUUAAUUAUUUCAAAUUGAUUUAUUAUUUAAAAGUUUUGAAAUUUUGUUUAA